AAAGACGGUGCUCGCGUGUGUGCGUGAAUGUAUUUGAACAGUUUCGCGUCGUUUCUUUGCUUCUGAUUGAGACUUUUUUGUUUUCCACGAGAUAGAUCUUGGUGUGUGGAGGCCCUUGGAAACAUUGUUUCUGACCAAAUUGGUGUGUGUUUCUUGUAGGUUGUUGCUGGCGUUUUCCGUGGAUCAUUAUUUUCUUGGCUUAGAACAACUUACAGUGAAGGAUCUAGUAUUGAAUUGAUUUGCAGUUUCACUUCUAGAUCUGAGCGUCACAAGGUAUUUCCUUCAUGGAGGAUCGGUGUUGGCAUUAAGUCUUGCCCCCGCCAAUACCAAGGAUCUUAACUGCUGGGUGCCAGGACUAGACCAAGUUUGCUGCUGAGAAUCUUCAUGACCCAAACUCUGAUCUAGUCAGCUGACCAUAAUAACAACACCCAAUCAGAAUGCACAAUCGACGGGAUGACACCGGCUGUUGCAGCCGUAUUUUCUUGAAAUCCAUUAUGAUAGUCUUCAAUAUAUUUUACUGGCUGAGUGGAGUGGCCUUUCUAUUGAUUGGUUUAGGUAGCUUCUUUCUGAGGCACCACUUUGUCAGUUUACUGGACAGCCCACUGUUUCCCAUCACGACCUACUUGUUUAUAGGGACUGGAGGACUCAUUGUUGUCAUGGGUGCUGUUGGAUGUGUCGGCACAGUCAAGGAAUUCCGCUGCUGCUUGCUUUUCUAUGCCUUUGUCUUGAUGGCUGUGUUUCUGCUGGAGACCUGUGUUGGUGUUCUGGCCUACAUGUAUGAAAGUGCUAUACAUGAAGAGUUGUCCAGAAAUCUGAACAAAACCAUGAAUGAAAGAUACUCUCACUUUGAGAAUGAUGUCACCAAAGCUGUAGACUUCAUGCAAAGCACGUUUGAAUGCUGUGGUGCCACAUCAAGGAAUGACUGGAGAUACUCAAAAUGGAUGGAGACCAGGCCUCAAAAUGACACCAGAUUAGUUCCUGACUCUUGUUGUUUGAAGUCAUCAAACAUGACCUGCGACUUCACUGCCCAAAUGACCAAUGUUUUUACAGAGGGUUGUGUUGAACAUUUAGAAAAGUUCAUCCGUUUUCAUCUGAUCUUGAUUGGCGGUGUUGGACUGGGCCUGAGUAUAUUACAGUUAUUUGGCAUCGUUUUCUCCUGUUGCCUGGCACACAAGAUCAAAGAAGAAAUUAAUUUAUAAAGACAGAGGCAGUUUUUCAGUUCUGAGGUUAAUCUUGUCCAAAUCUAAGGUGUACACCUUGAGUGCAUUGAUCAUAGAUACCUAGAGUUAAAAGCUUAAUAGGAAAAAAUAGGGUCAGAAUCAAGUUAUCUUUUUUUUUUUUUUUUUAAACAUUAUGUAAAUAAUAUGUUAUAUGUAUUUCCUUUCAAGUUGUUCUACAAUAAUGACAAAAACAUACAUUUUAUUUUUGUAAACAAUAUAUGGUUGAGAGACAGGAUACUAUUUUGAUUAGGAUUAUUAGACACUUAAAUACCAGAAAAGCUGGCUGGACAUUGUAAAAGAAUGAACUGGACUCUCUCUCUCUCUCUUGAUAUCCUGCUAAGAACAGCUGCUAACCUGGGAAAAUGGAGGGAUUUGGUGACAUGAACUGUCACAGCGCCUCUAUGAUGAAAGUCAUGGGACAGAUGAGAGAGAUGAAAUACCAGACAGAUGGCUAAAAUCCACAUGUACUUCUUGGCCACACAGACUGUUGAAUUUUGUUUCACCUAACAUUUAGAUCUAGGAGGGAUUUUGAAAUAGUGGAUUUUAACACUGCCUGUGUGUGGCAUCUAUUAGUUGCUGUGAAACUGGGUAACUACAGCAUGCACUCAUGAACUUUUGACCCCCAUGAUCUUAGUCUCAGUCAAUGAGUUGAUGAAACCGAAAGUGAACUAAUGUCAUUGUGACUUGACUCAGAGAAAUCUCAAAUUUCUGUUGGCGUACAGGGUGCAAGAAUGUGACACUUGAAAGGUUAGUUUGAUUGUAUGUGCAGAUUUUUCAUAGUGUGCAUGCAUACACUGCAGUGAAUGAAUGAGUCACAUGUUUAAAUACUAAACAAAUAAAUGUACAAUUUUGUACAUGUUCUAUGUAAAUAUUUUUGUGUCUUUUUUUUUAAUUUCAAAAUUCAAGCAGUUCAAAAUGUAGAACUGCUGAAUGAUUGUAAUUCUUUACUUAUGUCAGCUCUGACAGCACAAUAAUUUGUCAAAAUGUGUAGUCUAAUUUCAGUCUUCCUUAGUUAUGAAUUGUUUUAUUUAUUGUCUCCCUUAGUUGUGACAUUCAUUGUCUUCUCUAGUUGUGCCUCUGGGUGCAGUUGCUAGUAAUGCCCCUGAGAAUCAGUGUUUCACAAGGGCUUAGGAGAAUCCCUGUUAUUCUGUGAACAAAGUUUAAUAAGUCGUUGGGUAGAUGUGCAGUUGAAGAUUGGAGGAUUAAUAUUUGACUUAAAAAAUAUUUGAAUGGUAGUCAUGCCCACUGAAGAAUGCUUAUGUUAAUCUAAUAUUCGUUCCCUAAACGGAAUGUGUCAAUUUUAUAUUUCUAAGAGGGCAGCCUGGGAUAUCUCUUGGCGAGAGUCAAUGAUUGGUUGUGAAAGUAAUUUGUUUGCCAGUGAACUCACACUAUUUAUGUGUUUAAUUGCUGCCAAAAGUUGGUGUUUGUUUUGAAAUCAAUAUGCGUGGUGAUUAUUUUAAAUUAUGAUGCAUUACACUAUGUACACUCCAACCAGUUACAAGCGUUUCAAAUGCAUCAACUUUUAACCACACUCAUUCUUUUCAAACACUUCAGUUUAGCGUGCCAUUUUUUUUCUGAAAAAAAAUAUAUACCCAUAACUUAUUUUAAGAAUUAAAGCAACACCAAGACAGGAAGAUGGUACUAUGACCCAUCUGUGAGUUAAAUUUUGAAAUGCCUUCUGGGGACCUCUCUCUGAAUUUGUUUUGUUUGGCUUAUAGAAGGAUAACUGCAAUAUACAUUGAUUUAGCAUGCCAGAUUUAGCGUGCCCUUGACAAAUUUACAAUCUGGCAUAAGGAGAUGCAGUUGGCCUUUGGCUGCAAUACAAUCUGGCAUAAGAAGAUGCUUUCUCUACAUAUCUGCUCAUGUGUUAAUUUGACCCAUUGAUGGGAUAAGUCUUUUUUUUUUGUUUGUUGUAAUCAACUUUGUAACUUAAUUAUAUGUAACUUGAUAUUUGUAUUCUAUUUAUAUGUAUCUAUUUUUUGUUACUAGAUUGAUUCUAUUGUAUGGAUAAGGUGACUUCACACUCAGCAUUACUUGAUAGGAUAAUUCAUUGACUUGUGAAUAUAUAUGGCUCAUUUAACAUGUACAUUUUAAAAAAUUAAUAAACACGUUCUCUUUUUUUUUUUAAAAUUACAUUAUAUAAAAAUAUAUAUUUUUUAAUCAAAGAUUUUUUACUCAGCAUUGUAACUUCGUCUAUUCUUACAGAAAUACAAAUGUCCAUAGUUUUAGUUUUAGCUAGGUGCCUUGAGGUCAAACUUUUUGUGAUAUUUUCUAAUCACAACUCAACCAUUACUUUCAGUUGGAGUGGAGUUUUAUUUAAGGGAUGGGAGAAAAAAUUAAUGUCACAGAUAUAACAUGGUGGACAUAGCUUUAUAAUUCUUCCAGGUCACCUUUCUGUGCUCUUUUGUGUGCUAGAUUUAGGUUCAACUCUUCCAGGUCAACCUUCUGUAUGUGCUGGAACAAGUGUUUGGCUGGUAAUGUCAGUCAUGAGUCAGUGAUUAGGCUUGUGUAAUCAUUUUCUUUUUUGAAGUAAUGUCUGUAUUAUAUAAGAUGUAAGUGGUUCAGGUAGAACUUAACAUACUUUGAUUAUGAUUUCCCCCCUCCCCCCUGCAAUGCAGCUAGUACACUGUUUUCUCAACACAAUAUGAACUGGACAACCAAAAUCUUUUCUAAAUGUCUUUUUUUUUAAAGACAAUUUUGUUUUGUGUUCUUGUUGGAUUUCUUAAAACUAUUUUAUUAUCAUCAAAUUACUUUGAACACUGACUUUGAUUUCACCUAGUGUCAAGUAUAUGUUUAUGUAAUGGAUUUUUUUCUUUGUAAGUUUUUUCUUUCCAUACAAGACUGGAGGGUGUGGGGAAGGAGGGGUAAUCUUGUGAUUUAUUGAUUUUCUUGGGGUGUACAAGUUCAUGUUUUUUUUUUAUUCUUGUUUCCCUUUCAACUUUUUUUUUUUACUUGCAUAAAAUAUGGAUCAAAAGUUGUAAUAGUUCAAAUCUUUGCAUUCCAUUAGAUUGUUUUUUUUCAAAUAGAACUGUAUACAAAUUUGUUUGGCGCAGACAGGCAGUAAAAUAACAUGGUAACAAAAAAGUCUUUUAACCCUUAAAGUGCUGAGCUUUUUUACAAUGAGUACGUACAAAAUGGAUUUACAAUGCUAGUGUUUAGAGGCUAAAUUACCAGACGCGUCUAAAGGGUUAAGGAGAUUCAUUUCAUUUCUUGUGUUCUCAACCUUUUCCCGCUUGUUUCUAGUUUCACUUUGAAUACUUUUGCUAUUCUGUAUUGAAUAAGUUUGCUAAAUGUUUGAGUGAAAUGUUCGUUGUAGUCUAUGAACAAUAUAUAUACAAAAUUCAACUCAAAUCGACAGAUUUCUAAAUUAUGUACAAUUUUCUUUUUUAUUUUAGCAAUUUAGGCUAUGUUUUUUUUAUCAUGUACCAAAUUAUUUUGUGUGUGUGUGU